AUGGCCGAUCAUGCUAGCAAGAGAGAUAUGCAUAGCCGGUCACGCAACCUGGAGCUGCAACAACCGGACGAUCACCUGAUUUCGCCAUGUGCAGAAGCUCUAAACGUGCAAGCGGACAAUAUCGACGAUGCAUAUCCAAUGACGCCUUUCCAGUCGCAUAUGGCUGCCGAGAACCUCGCAAGUAGAACAUGGGUAGCAUCGUACGCCUUCUACUGCCAAGACGCUACCUUUGAGUAUUUAGCAGAGGUGAUAGAAGUGCUCCAGCGGCGACACGCCGUGCUUCGUGCGCACAUUCUGCAAGUCGAUGGCCGUUUCUACCAAGCUGUCACACGCAAUGUCAGUGAAUUCGAAACUUUCACGUCUACUAAGGACUAUCUUGAUGAUGUGAGAGGCAGACCUAUGCCUCUCGGUAGCCGUGCUCUUCUGCUGGGGUAUGGGAAUAGCGAGUCCGUAACCAUUUUCAUCUUGACCCUUGGGCAUGUGGUUAUGGACGAGUGA